CUUGGUGUCCCAUCCUUUCAGGUUGUUGGCCUGAGGAAGGACUAAAUAGAUUGAAAUAGUGGAGUACGGUGGUGUUAUUUUUUAUAUAUUUUUUGUGAGUGUUGUGUUAGAUGGUAGGGUAUUUGUUUAUUUAUGUUUUCAAGCAAUGUAUAAGGGAGUUGUACUCCAGUCUAGUAGGUUGGGGUAAUGCAACAUGUUUUGGAUGUCAACCGCCGUUAAACCUCAUCGAAGAAGAUGAUGGCUAUUGUGUUUUUGCAACUGUUGCAUGCCCACGUCGUUUGAGCCAGAUGAGUCUCCGUAGCUAAGUAAACAUGAGUCACGUGUGAGGAAGAGGAAAUAUUGAAUGACAAUUCUGAAAGCCACAGCUGUCGCCAUCUAGCCACAUUUUUUUCCCCUGAUGAAUAUUGAGGUUGCAACAAGCGUCUGUACAUAUACAUAUACAAUGCGUCUUUAAAGUCCAGACUUUGAUCGCUCAUUAGCUGUCAUGUCACCCUGUAAUUGUAUGAGCUAGCUACUAGCUAAUACCUGUGGCUAACGGCGACGGGUCGAAGAGCGUACACCUGUGCUAGCUAUCCAUUCAUUUGUGAAAAUAUCCAGUACGUCAGUAGCUUGUUAGCACCCAACCCAGGGAAGGUAUAUCUUGACAGAAUGCGAUGGGAAACUGUUGGACUUAUUGUUCUGGAAUCUUCAGAAGAGAAGCAAACAUUAUACAACGAGGAGGCGGGUCCAAAUACUUUAGAAGCAGUACAACUGGGGAACAUUACACAAUAGAGUUUGAAAACCUUGUUGAGAGUGAUGAGGCAGAGAGCCCACAAAGCUGUCCCAGGCCUAUCAGUGAAGAUGAGAUCAUCCACCUGAAAGAGCACCGGUAUACUGCAAUUUCUGAUCAGCAGAACUUGAUAGACGAGAAGUUGCAAGCAGAGUUAUUAGCACAAGAGGAGAAGUUAAGGCUAGAAGAGGAGGCUAGAAAUGCUGCCCAGCGUGAGGCCGCCAGGCUGGCACGCGAGCGCAAGCUAAAGGAGCAACAGCUUGCACAACGGAAAAAAAGCAAGGCAGAAGUCCAAGGUGGCGCAGCCCAUCCAAGAAAGCAUGGCUCAGGUGAAGACUUUGAUGUCUACCUACAGCAUGUGAAAGUCAUGUCAGAAGCCUUCAGGAGCAGCAGGCUGUCCUCUGAGACUAAUGUGAUCACUCCCAACACGGAGAGCAGCUGGGACUUCAACACCAAGACCCGCUCCACCAACGAUGACGGAACCUCACUGGACCUGGAGUGGGAGGACGAGGAAGGGAUGAACCAGGUGGUCCCAGCGUGGGAGAGGUCUAAAACCGAGGAGGACAUACUCCGAGCGGCACUCCGGCCGGGCAAGAAGCAGACGACCAGCGGUACGGCCUCCACCUCUGAGGACUCCAACGCCCUGGAGUGGGAGAACGACUUUGUAAGCGCUCACGGCGAGGAUUAUGCUGAGGAGAAUGCAGAGGACUCUGAAUACGAGUGCUUUGUCAACCCCGUCAUGGAUAUGCACACCCCAUCUGUGGAAACACCACCGGUAGAGAUAACUGCACCGGAGACUGAGAAGAGAUAGUCCCCAUCGCCUGGGCAUCCAGAGUCAAAUCCUAAUGUUAGACCACAUUGUCAAUGUUUGAUUAUACACCUCAUCAACUUCAAAUGUGUUUGUUUGUCCUCAUUGGCUGGUGGACCAGUUUUUAUUUGACAAUCUUCUCUUGUGUUAAUUAAGCCUUAGUUGGCAACGUUUUCAUGUCAUCCAGUGCAUUAUUGAAUCAAGUGCAAUUUUCAGAUCUAGUUUGGUGUGAUAGUGAUUGGGGUUUUAUUUGUGAGAGGGCUAUAGUGUUUUCACAGUUAGAAUGAACUGAAAACAACAUAGGGACACAUAAAAUAAAAGCAACAACAACCUAUCAGUGCCUGAAUCGCUAGGAAAUAAAACUCUCAUAAAUUGUUAACCAGGUCAUAGGACAGUUAGCUGAUGAGGAUUUUGUCUGUUAGCAAGUGAAUAUUUUAAUCAGUGGUUCAUAGCUUGCCAGUUGUCUGUUAUGGAACAUGUAGAGAAUCCCUAAUGGAGUGGAGUAUAUCAUAGCUUGCCAGUUGUCUGGUAUGGAACAUGUAGAGAAUCCCUAAUGGAGUGGAGUAUAUCAUAGCUUGCCAGUUGUCUGGUAUGGAACAUGUAGAGAAUCCCUAAUGGAGUGGAGUAUAUCAUGUAGCAACUUGUCUGUACACUCCAUGUGUUUUUAAUCGAAAAAAUGCAAGUGCUAAGAUUUGCGAUUUUUGUUUAUCCUCUCAGUUCCAAUUAACAAGUGACUCAUCAUGGACACACAGUACUACAUUUUGUUAUUUGUUAGUUUGAAACAAAAUGUGUGCCAGUCAAAUGCUGCUCAAGUUAUGGACAAGUUUGUGUGUCCAACAUUUUUAUUUGUAUUAUAUACAGUGAAGGUUGGCUAAAUCACAUUUGUAGAAUUCCUUAGUCCCCUAUGUACACAUUUAAAUCUUACAGCGACAGACUUUUCUAUUCUUUUUUUCUUUAACGUUUAGGAUUGAUUUGUCAUGGUGAGCAGCUCGUGAAUAGUUUUAUUUUACGCUCAAGACCAGCCGAUUGCAAGAGAACAUGGCUUAACGAACAUCUGUCUCCAGCACUGCUCCUCCCAAUGGCACUGCCAAUAGCGUACAACUUGGGCUCCAACUCUUCAAUCUCACCUUUUAUUUCUGAUUUAGCACAAUCGGACAUUUUUCAAGACCUUUUAAGAAUGUAACCCUGAUCACUGGAAGUGGACAUGGUUGUAUUUGAUUGAAAUGGUUGAUGUGAAGACAGGAAUAACGAGGAACUGUUUGGAGACUACAGUAUGCUCUAGGAGGUUUCUAGAAAUGGACCAAUACGUGUAUAUAUCAUUUCUUUGUGUGCACUAGUAAAUUAGUUUUUGUCUUCCCUCACUGCAAAAGGGGACCCUCUCACUACACCCUUAUAAUGUGGAGAUGAUGUGCCUACUUUGGAGGCUUUUGCUUUAUUGUACAGAAUACUGUCUCACCUUGAUUUUGCAAUUGUUGUGAUGUUUGUGACAACGGCGAUUGUCCCCCGUAGUGCAGCCCUACUGUACCUGGGGAAUCCAAAGCGCCACCAUUUAGGUUGUUUCACCCUAUUGAGAGGGAAUUUAACUUUCCUUUGUUUGUACUGCCUGUAGCUUUACCAUCCUAGAAACACAAGCCAUUUGAUUUUAGCAAUCAAAGUGUCAUCAUAAUUGGGGUGAAGAAUUCCCACAGCUGCACCAUUGGCCCAACUCCAAAUCGGACCUCAUAUUUGUCUGGCAUCAAACUCGAUUCACAAUAUUUUGUCCACAGAAAGUGUUCAGACUGUAAUAAUUGGAGGGAUUGUAAUUGCAGCUUAUCUAUGCACUGUUUGAUUUACGUGAACUGGUGGGUCCAAUCACUGAUUGGUUUAUAGUAUGUGUUUGUAGUGUUUUCUAAGGAUACUGUCCUUUUUUAAACGUAAGUUAGCGUGGUGAUAAGGGUUGGACACCGUACAUUAUGGGUGCAAUCGCAAGGAUGGAUUAAACUGCCGUGUGCUUAUUUCAAAUCAUUCCACUCUUUAGAAAUAUAUUUGUUACUGAGAAUAAUGUAAAGGGGUUUCUGAAGUGAACCAGUUUUAUUUGGCUACUUUUGAGUCAUAGCACAUACUAUGACAAUUUACCCUUUUCAAUGAACCUGCUGAUAAAGGACCUGAAUCCUGAUUUGAGAUCCAAGCAUGUUUUACACAGAUUGGACACACAACUCUCAUUGAUAUCAAUGUUUUUGUUUCAUUGUUCACAGGUUAGGAUUACACCCAUAGUCAUGAGCCUUUAAGUAUUUGAAUACUAUUGCAAACAGGAUGUAUCAACACCUGUGCCAUUCUGUCAAUACCGUAUGACGUUUUUUGUUCAAUUUGACUGCAACUAAAAUAAAUCCUACAUACCUUAA